CCCCCUCAGACCACCUCACCCAGCUCGUCAUCGACGAACUCGUACCAAAAAGUCUCAAAAUCACCCUUGGUUCCAUCCCCAAGAAAAACAUCUAUGGCACCUACAUGGGCUUCGAUGCAGGGACGAUCCAGUAUGACCUGAGUAUCGAAUGGACCACAGCUAAAACCUUUCCCCGCGACAUGGCUGCUCAGCUGAUGACUGCACUCUGCUGGCGGCUGCCGCUACAGAACGUCCAGCGACUAUGUAUCAAAGGUCGAUACAGCGUUUCGCCUCUCAGAUGGUUCAGCACGUUCCGCCACUUGAAGGACGUCACGACUGUCAUAGCUGCCGGCGAUGUCAUCUACGGAUUCAUUAACGCGUUACCCGUGUUGAAAGACGUCACAGAGAACACGGAGUCUGAUGAGGAAUCAGAAUCAGAAGCAGUCGAGGAAACGGCAGAGGAAGGAAACAAGAAAAAGGUAGAGGACACGGUUGAGGACACGGUUGAGAAGACAGGAGAAGACACGGGGGAAAAGACGGAAGAGGACACGGUAAAGAAGACGGGAGAGGAGACGGGAGAGGACGCGGUAAAGAAGACGGUUGAGGAGACGAUAGAGGAUGAAUCCAAAGAGUCGUCAAAUACCGAAAAGGUCACCGAACCCGAUGCCCAUCACGAUACUGAAACGAUCAAGGACAAAGGCAAGGGAAAGGAAGUCGAGAGGGAAACCGACGUUGCACCGCCCCCGAAAAUGAAGCUGUUCCCCAAGCUCUCGGAUUUGUCUCUCGACUACGCCCAAUUAGACAAGGCUACUGGCCGCCCAUACAUUGAGACGCUGAAAAGUGCCCUUGAGAUACGUACCGACAUCUCACAGUCACCGUUUGCAUUGGCCUUCCGGGCCUGUGCUGUGUCGAAACGAUCUCUCCAUCUGUUGAACGACAUCGAGCUCGUAGAGGUCGAGAACAACGUAGCGGACCUAUUUUCGCCCGAGGGUAUGUUCGGCGAGGAAAAGUGGGCGCUUGGCCCCAGUGAGGAGCCGGAGUCUUAUGAUGACGUGGACGGCGAUCUUUUGCGGCCAGAAGAAGAGGAAGAAGCAAGAAAAGGAGAAGACAAAGAAGGUUCAGAAGGAGCACAACAAGAAUCUUGAUUUGAUCUUGACAAGCUUUAUCCUGUAUCAGAAUGUCCAUCGUACCUUGGUUCGAGCUCGGGCAGGCUCGAGCAAAAUUGCUGGGUGGUUAUGUACUGACGAGUAGAACAAGGUGUAACUUACCAUUUUCAUUUGAAUUAAAGACCACAUCGCCGACU